UAUUUUAUUUAAUGAUGAAAGCAAAUGAAUUUAGGGGGGCCUUAGAUGGCGCAUGAAAUUUAGUGCACAUAGUAAGAUACAGACAAGGCAGAAGCCAACACACAUUACACAUACAUACUCUGCUUAUUAUUAUCUGACAAAUUCCCUCGGACUAUUUCACCCUUCCAUCCACGCACAUACACACAUGGAAUCCAACAACUUUCCUCCACACCGCUGAAUCAGCGUGAUGCUUCCCGAUGCCACUCCUUUUCUCGGCUGGAACCAGCCUCGUCGCCGUCGGGACUCCGUUUCCGCCAGAAAGCUCGCCGCCUCGCUGUGGCACUUGCCUGCUGCCUACCAAUGUCGCCUCUCAUUUGAUCGCUUCGGUUUUCAGUUUUGUUCAUCAUUGCCGAUUCCCAAUUUGGAAGGAGCUACGAAAUGGGAUUUCUGCGACUCAAAAGCACGUCAUUGUGCUCAUGAGUUUCACAGCUCAGCACUUGCUAAACAGGCCCAAAGGAACCGCAUGAGGAAGAUCGAUGAAGAAAGGGCAUCAACUAUGAGAGUGAGAAGAGAACACCACUUGAUGAUGUGUUCUGCCAUCAACAACUUGGCCAAGGGUGUUAGAAGCGAGAGGAGAAUCUGUAAAAACAUCGAUAAGAUGAACUCAACCCUGCUCCGCGACAUUGCUGAUGCUAAGUUGUCAGCUAUGAAGCUCAUCUGGAGUCUCCGGAAGGAGAAGAAAGCCCGAGACGAGUUAGAGGGCGCGUGCUACGAUCUAGCUAGAGAAAUCGAAGCAAGAAAAGCAGAAAUUCGGGCAUUGAGAGAUGAGCAAGAAAGGAUUCAGUUGGAAGUAGAAGAAGAAAGGAAAAUGCUGCAGACGGCUGAGGUUUGGCGGGAGGAGCAGGCGCAGAUGAAGUUAGCCGAUGCAAACCUCAUCUUGGAGGAUAAGUAUGCCGAGGUAAAUGGCCUCAUAGCUGAUCUUAAAGCAUUUUUGACAAGUUCGGGUUCAAGUUCAAAUGCAGGCCUAAAUGUGUCGAGAAAGGCAGAAAUUUUAAGGCAGACAUUUAACCUUGUCAUCAACCAAGGUGUUAAGGGUUUUAAGCACUCGAAUCCUGAAUCACACAACACGUUUGCAGCUAGCAAGGAUGCACAAACAAGUGAAGCUGAAAGGAGGAGUGGUGGUCAUGAUCAAGCGUGUGAUUUUGCCUCAAACACGACCAGAGUAAAAGGGCGUCCAAAUCGCUCAUCACUUGACAUGAGUGGCGAGGUGUUGGUGAAUAAGAUGUCAAAUCUCAAUGCAGCAUCAACAAGAAAUGAGGCUAGUGAAAUUUGCUCUGUUUCAUUGGUGCAGCCUAAAGGCUCGUCAAGCGUGAUCGAUGGUAAUUCAGAUAGAUCAAUAGCUAGUAGGAAGAAUCCGCAUGUUCUUCGAGCUAUGAAGGGCCACAUUGAGUGGCCGUGGCGAAUGCCGAGGCGCCUUGAAGCCAAGUUGGACAGACACAAGGCAUAGAACUUAGAUGCCACCAUACAUUGUUCCUUUUACUUAUUAGAGUUGGAUCAGUUUUGCCUUAAUUGCCCAUUUUAAUUUAGGCUAUAUCAUACGGCAUUACGAGGUUUUAAUAGAAAUAUGGAGGAUGAUGGAAGCAGUAGAAAUUAAAUCAUGACAGGCGUGGUUGUGAUUUGCAGAUAGGGAUGCCUGAAUGCUGACUCAUCUUUUUUGUUUGUUUUUCUUUCUCCUUUUAUCCUUUUCGCAUGAUUAAUGGGUCCCCUUUUAUCUCAAGUUCUCCAGAAACAAAGCUAAACACUAUAGAAUGUUGAUAUGCUUGUGUGUGUGACAGUGUGAGAGAGAGAAUUGUUCAAUAGUUCUGUCGCUCUGGGGAAACGAGUAUCCGAUGUAUGAUGUUUGAUUAAACAUCAGUUGUUUUCUUGUGAUCCAAUUUCCUUGGACUCAGCCACCCACAUAUCUGUUCAGAUUUUUCUCUCCUUUUCUUUUUAUAUAUGUAUGGUUUAUUUUGUA